UACCGACCGAUCGAAUGGUAUCAUUCGUUAUUACGGUGGGCUUUGUUCGUAUUGCGUAUGGCGAUUUCUGCCAGCUAUUUCCGGUGACUUCUGUUACUUUUCGGUGACGUUUACUACGCGAUUUACUCCGAAUGAGAACAGUAUCGGUGGAUUUUUCUGUAUAGUGAAAUCUGACGCAGAGACAUUCGUGUACGAUAAACGUUCCGCGUAUCCCUUCGUGCCUACGACAAGCUAACUCAUCGGUCAUUCAAUUAUUCGUAGAAUAGAAUCGAGGGAAGCCGGAUCGCAGUUCAAACUAAGGAGCAUAUAUUUAUUUUGAGGUUUGGGUCGAGUCGAUACGUUUCCAACUAACGAAAAUGGGCCUGACCAUAAGUAGCCUCUUAACACGCCUAUUUGGCAAAAAGCAAAUGCGUAUUUUGAUGGUCGGUCUCGACGCUGCCGGAAAAACAACCAUCCUUUACAAGCUUAAGCUGGGUGAAAUCGUGACGACCAUACCCACCAUUGGGUUCAACGUUGAAACAGUAGAGUACAAAAACAUCUGCUUCACGGUGUGGGACGUUGGUGGUCAGGAUAAAAUCCGACCCCUCUGGAGGCACUACUUUCAAAAUACCCAAGGACUGAUUUACGUCGUAGACAGCAGCGAUCGAGAUCGUAUUGCAGAAGCCGAACGAGAGCUAGCCAAUAUGUUACAAGAGGACGAACUGAGGGACGCCGUCCUUUUGGUUUUUGCCAACAAACAGGAUUUGCCCAAUGCCAUGUCAGCAGCUGAACUCACCGACAAAUUAGGUCUUAACGCCCUCCGAGGACGUCAUUGGUACAUUCAAAGCACCUGCGCCACCCAAGGACAUGGACUCUACGAAGGGCUCGAUUGGCUCAGCAAUGAGUUGGCUAAAAAGUGAUAGAAUCUUUAGUUUCUGAUUCAUCGCCAACAAUUAAUUGUAAUGUUUAUCUUAUAUUCGAUCAUCAUUGGCGUAGGGAAAAGUAAUUGAAGAUAUCAUAGUUACCGGCAAACGUACCGCAUCGUCUUCAUUUACAUUUGUACUACCUUCUUUUGACAUUGAUUCAUUAUUUAAUUCCGACAUGGUAAAAUCUGAACUAAAUUGAUGUUGAAGAUUAAUAUUCUUGGAAUAUGAAUGCCUCCAAAUAUUGGGUAUAUUCAUUGUCAUAUGUUUUGUAGUUCACUAACAAAUCGCCAGAUGUAAAAAAGAAAUAUACAAUUCCAUGGAGAAUGCUAACGUAAUUGAAUUUUUGAAAAGUGGAGAUAUUAGGGUAAUGCAUCGUUUCAAUUCUUCAACACCUUUAUAAUAUUUAAAAAAAAUUUUGCACUAAUUCUAGUAUUAUCUGUCUUCACAUUUUUCAAAAAAGGAAUGUAUUAUUUUGUGAAAUUGAUAUUUAUGGAAAAUGUGAAGUAACGAGAGUCUUAGAAAAUGAAAAAUAUUAACUGAACUAAAGAUUUAGUCAUGCUUACCUAAUAAAUAGUUUUAAGUCAUAUCUAUGCAUAUAUUUGAUUAAUUUUCCCUAUGGCUGUGCAACUAAAUAAGCCACAACCAAUGUCUCCCUCAACAAUACAGACUGUUUAUAACGUCAAGUUGACAAGAAGAAAAAAAGAAGAGAACGAAAAAUUGUAAAAUUAGUCAUGUUCAUAGUUAUGAGCUAAUAACUUAAAUUGUGAGAUAUCCUGCUAAGAUCUAUUCAUCAUUGAAAAUAGUGGUUUGUAUUGUAAGAAAUUAGUUGAUAAGCGAAUAAUAAAUAAAUCAAAAAAUAAAAUCCCAA